AUUUGCUUGUUUUAUUUUAAUGACUAACUAACUCUCACUCGUCAUCAGCAUUUUAGCUUCGAACUGCUUAGGCAGCGGGACAGUGACACUAAGUAUUCAAUAAAUAUAUUUACAGGUGAUAACAAAAUCAAACAAAGAAGUCGUCACUUUUAUACGUAAUUUUACAGAUGUUUAUCAUAAUGGAUCUUAUACCAUUGUAAUAAAGCACACAUUCUUUGAAUUAUCUAAUUCUGUGCUUCUCUUUAAAUAUCUAAACCGAAAUCUAAAUUGCUGCUGACUGACAUAUCGUGGUCUAUUGAGGAAUUCACUAAGAGAGUAUUUAGCGACCCGCAUCCAGCUUCCCAUGGAAAGCACUUAUAUAGAUAUAAACCUUCCUCAGGUAGCCCCCUCUUUUCAAACAGGAACAAAAUCCGUCUACGACUUUCCUAGAUUACUAAGAUAGAAGAUUAAAAUUAAUUAAAAAUUAUUAUCUCUCCAAGCCUUGCUUAUUUGGAUUUUAUUUAAGUUUAUUAUUUGGUAUUUACAUAUGUAUUUUAUAAUAUUUUAUUUAUUUAUUUGUUUAUUAUGUAUGUCUAUAAUUAGUACUGUGAGUGGAGUACACGCCUGCCACUCUUUCCAUCAUGUCUCCCAUCUCGGGUCUGCUGAAAGAGAUUUCUUUUGAUUUUUCAAUGAUGAUUUAAAUCUCCCACAAUUUUUGGCAAUUAUUCGAAAGAACUAAAUUGCAGUUAACUUGUAUUUAAAUAUUUUAUUAAGUUUAUUAUUUGGUUUCGAGUAUUCAAAUCUUCAGCAUCUUACUCCACAAGAGUUUAGAACAUAUCUCAGAUGAAGUUGACAAUACUGACUAUAAUUUUAAACGCAACAUUUUGGGAAAUGCUAGUAGCGUUUUAAAUUUGAAAGAUCCCACGAAUUUAAGUCGCCGCCAAUUUAAAAAACGUGUCAAAAGGAUGGUCAUGCCACCCGUGCAGAAUAUGAUGUUUCUACCAGCGUCACAAGAAAGAAACGAACAAGGUCUCGGUGCUUUGUGGCCCGAUACUCAGGGUCCAGGAGCUAUUGCUCAAUGGCCUACAAAUAGUUGGCCAGGGAAUGGAUGGAGUGGGAAUAUGUGGCCCGGGAACGGAUGGCCGGACCCCGGAACGGGAUGGGUUGGUCCGGGGAUGUUUAGUAACAAUGGGUGGCCACCUGGUGUAAAACCUGACGAUUUCUUACCAGAUGGUGUAAAAUUAGAGGAUUUAUUAAACAACGUCGAAGAAAUUUUGCCAGCUGGAAAUUCAGAAACCACUACUAAAAUAACAGAAAGUUUGAGCAGUAUACCAAUUGCCACUUCAACGCAAAAGAUUGAGAUUACGACAACGAAAAAUAUAGACCUACCAACAAAACUUCAGACUAUGAUAAUUCAAGAGAAACUUAUAGAAGUACAGACUAUGAAAAAAAAGGAGGUAACAACGGAAGUUAAUACUACAGAACAUUAUAAAAUACCAAUCUCGAAAUUUAGUGAAACAAGAAUCACAAUAUCCAGUAAGAAUCCUGCAUCACGACCCAAAAAGAACAACUUGUUGAAAUUAGAAAAGAAUCAGGAUGUUACAGAUAGUGAUUAUACAAAAAAUGGGAGAAAAAUAUUUAGACCUGGUAAACAAUACAAUUAUGUUAAUCAUCAAGUUAAUAAUCAUCCCAGCUAUUUUCGUUCUUCCCAAUAUGAACCGUAUCGUCCAUUUAAUCCAAAGGAUUCAAAUAAACCAUCUAAGAUUUAUGACAUUGAAAAAUACGGGAAAAUUGGUAGUUUCCCACUAGAAAAUGUAUUUUUAAGACCAACCAAAACACAAUAUUCCUCCUUUUUGAGUACAAAUAGAAGAACUGGAACGACCGUGUUAACGAAAUAUGGAUUAAUUCCAAGGACAAAUUAUAAUCCCAAUAUUCAAUAACCCUUGAUAUUGAAUACUUUAUUGUUAAAUAAAUACGUAUUUAAAUCCCAUCUUAUUAAAUAAACUCAACAGA